AUGUCCACAGACGAAUUUGAUUUUCUUCUGAAGAAGAAGAAGUCCAAGAAGGUUGCUUCUGCUGCCUCUCCCGAUGACCAGCUUCUCCUUGCUUCCAAAAAAAAGAAAAAGAAGAAGGCCUCUCCUGUCCUUCUAGACGAUGACGCUGAAAGCGCCCCUGUUGACGAUGAUCAGCCUCAAUCUGUUGAUGCUUUAGCUGAUUCUCUUGCUGAAACCGGCCUUAUCCCCAAAAAGAAGAAGAAGAAGAAGUCCAAGAAAAAAGAUAUAGACGAUUUUGAAAAACAAUUAGAGAUAGCAGGCGCUUUGAACGACGACCCAGCAAACUUGAAUAACGCAAAUAACGCCAAUAAUGAUUCUGCAUCAAGUCUAAUAAAUUCAAUUCCUGUCAAGAAAUCAAUUGCUGACGAAGUUGGUUUGAAUUACGAAUUUCUUUUAGAUCGUUUUUUCGAAAUUCUUAAAGAAAAUAAUCCAGAAUUAACUGGUGAUAGAAAUGCUAUCAAAUUAAGAAUCCCCCCACCAAGAAUUGAAAGAGAACCUAAAAAGACUGCUUUUGCCAACAUUGAAGAAAUUUGUGAAAAAUUAAAGAGAAACCCAGACCAUGUCAUUCAAUUUUUGUUUGCUGAAUUGGGUACUUCAGGGUCCAUUGAUGGUCAAAAGAGAUUGCUCAUUAAGGGUAAAUUCCAACAAAAAAAUAUCGAACAAGUCUUAAAGAGAUAUAUCAUAGAAUAUGUCACCUGUAAAACUUGUAAAUCUUACAAUACAACUUUAAGAAAAGAAUCCUCAAAUAGAUUGUUCUUUUUGGUUUGUAAUAGCUGUGGUUCUUCAAGAUCUGUAACAACAAUUAAAACCGGUUUCCAAGCUCAUAUCGGCAGAAGAAGAAGAAUGUAA